CGAGCGUCGCGGCGAUAAUCGAGAGCACCUGAGCUGAGCACAACCCGAUGGCGGCGGCGCUAACCACCGUGGUGCUCCCGCGGGCGGCGGCCGUACUGCGCCUCGCGCCGCGUGGGAGGGCUGCGUCCCGCCCGCUCUGCGCCGCGGCCGGCGAGGCUUCGCCGUCGCCGUCCCCGGAGACGCCGCCGCGGAGGCUGGUGCUGUACACGAAGCCCGGGUGCUGCCUCUGCGACGGCCUCAAGGAGAAGCUCCACGCCGCCGUCCUGCUCGCCGGCACCCCCUACUCGCUCGCCUCCCUCGAGCUCCAGGAGAGGGACAUCACGACGAAUCCGGAGUGGGAGCAGAUGUACCAGUACGAGAUCCCGGUGCUCGCCAAGUUGCUCGCCGACGGCAGCGAGGAAAAGCUUCCAAGAUUAUCUCCCCGUCUAAGUGUGGAGCUCGUGCAGAAGAAAGUGUUUGCUGCAUUUGAUCAGUAAGGAACUAAGGACAUCUUUGCAUGUUUUGUUCAACAGGAAGACUUUUACAGUUCGAGAGAUAUUCGCAGUUAUGAGCAAUGCAAAUGGAUAAUGGGAUGGCAUGUGCGAUCCUUACUUGUUGUAAUUUUAUUAGCCUUUGGAUGGGUUUGAAAAGGUAUACAUGAAAUUUCCUGGA